AUGGCCCAAGUAAUCGUCGUCGGUGGUGGCCUCGCUGGUCUCUCGGCCGCCCACACGCUCCUUGAGCGCGGGGCCAAUGUCUUGCUCCUGGACAAGCAACCAUUCAUGGGUGGCAACUCCACGAAGGCGACAUCGGGUAUCAACGGUGCCGGCACACAAAGCCAGCAGGACCUCGGCAUCCCCGACAAUGCUAAGACCUUCUUCGAAGACACCAAGAAAUCGGCACGCGAACUUGCGCGCGACGACCUCAUCCGCGUCCUCACCGGUCGCUCCGGAGAUGCCGUCAACUGGUUGCAGGACAAGUUCCAGCUCGAUCUCUCCAAAGUCGCCCGUCUCGGCGGUCACUCGCAGCCCCGGACACAUCGUGGAGACGCCCAGUUCCCCGGCAUGGUCAUGACCUACGCGCAGAUGGAGCGCCUGGAGGACCUCGCCGAGAGCACGCCCGACCGCGUCCAGAUCAAGAAGAAGGCGCGCGUCACGCAGCUCAUCAAGGACCAGGCCGGCGCCGUUAUCGGCGCCGAGUACGUCCACAACGGCAAGACGGAGACCGCAUACGGCCCCGUCAUUCUCGCUACCGGCGGUUACGCCGCGGACUUCACCGCGGACUCGCUCCUGAAGAAGUACCGCCCUGAGUACUGGAACCUGCCCACCACCAACGGCGAGCACUGCACGGGUGAUGGCCAGAAGAUGGCCCUUGCGAUCGGUGCGAGCGCGAUCGACCUCGAGAAGGUCCAGGUGCACCCGACCGGUCUUGUCGACCCCAACGAGCCCGAGGCGAAGGUCAAGUUCUUGGCUGCGGAGGCCCUGCGUGGUGUCGGCGGUCUUCUCCUCGACAACACCGGCGCGCGUUUCGUCGAUGAGCUCCAGCACCGUGACUACGUCACUGGCAAGAUGUGGGAGAACGGCAAGUUCCCCAUCCGUCUUGUGCUCAACGGCGAUGCCUCGAAGGAGAUCGAGUGGCACUGCAAGCACUACGUCGGACGUGGGCUCAUGAAGCGCUUCGAGAGCGGAGAGGCGCUCGCGAAGGAGAUGGGCCUCAAGCCCGAGGUCCUGAAGAAGACCUUCGACGACUACAACAAGGUCGUGCGCGCGAAGAAGGACCCCUUCGGCAAGAAGUUCUUCUCGGGUGGCGAGUGGAAGUUCGACGACUACUUCAACGUCGCGAUCAUGACCCCUGUGCUUCACUACACCAUGGGUGGUCUUGAGAUCGACGCUGAGUCGCGCGUUGUCGACACGACCGGCAAGCCCAUCCCUGGUCUGUUCGCCGCCGGCGAGGUUGCAGGUGGUGUCCACGGCGCCAACCGUCUCGGUGGCUCAUCAUUGCUCGGCUGUGUCGUUUUCGGCCGUGUCUCCGGUGACUCCGCGGCGUCGUACCUCCUCCAAAGGAUCGGUCCCCUCGCGGAGAAGGCAGCAGGCCGUCUCGGCGCUGUUGCCGGCCACCUCGGUGCUGAGUCGAGCUCAAGUUCAAAGGUGUGCAUUCGUGAAAAGAAGGCUGAGGCUGCGCCAGCAGCGUCAGGGGAGAAGUCCUUCAGCGUUGAGGAGGUGCAGAAGCACAACAAGAAGGACGACUGCUGGGUGAUCAUCGACGGCAAGGUGCUCGACGUGACCGCGUUCAUGCCCGACCACCCGGGAGGCGAGAAGGCGAUCCUUCUCUACGCCGGCCGUGACGCGACCGAGGAGUUCAACAUGCUCCACGACCCCAAGGUCAUCCCUCGGUACGCGCCCGAGGCGGUCAUCGGCUCGCUGAAGAAGUAA